ACGCACGGCGAGGUGCUCGAGCGUCAGUCGCAUCGUUCGCGUCGCCCGCGCUGCACGCCUUUGAACCGGACCUCAAGCGAACAUGAAACUAUUAGUACUCAUCGCCGUCGUCGCUGCCGCGGCCGCUCAGCAACCGCCUCGCACGUCGGUCCCACAUAGGGAACAGUUCCGAGUUAUCUACGAGUGGCGCACAAUUGAUUUCGAAUGGGAAUCGCAAACUGAUCGUGAAACCUAUUUAAACACGAGUCGAUACAUUCCUAAAAAUGUAUUAAUUUCGGGAAUAAAUUUCUAUGAAGACAAAAUAUUUUUAACUCUUCCUCGUAUGUUGGACGGAGUGCCGGCCACCCUCGCCUAUAUACCAGCUUAUCAAAAUGAUACCACGGCCCCGAAAUUGAAACCAUUUCCUAGUUGGAGCGACAACAACAUCGGUAAUUGUGAUGCUCUACAAUUUGUGCAAAAUAUUGAAAUUGAUCGAAACGGUAUAAUGUGGAUUUUAGAUAAUGGUCGCGUCAGUACUCUGACUCAAAACCCCAGUACAAAGUGCCCGCCAUCGAUUGUAUUAAUUGAUUUAAAAUCAGGUGAGAAUAAAAUAGAGCGGAUACCGUUAUCCCAGGACACAGUCAAUCCUAGCACAACUUAUCUUAAUGACCUCGUAGUGGAUAAUCGUGAUGGUGACUACGCUUAUAUUACUGACAACAGUGCCGUCGAUCCAGGAAUUAUAGUAUUUCGACUUAGCGACAAAAAAUCAUGGAAGUUACGUGACAAAAAGUCAAUGUCAUCAGUUCCUGAAGCCGCUUUAUUCCGUCUCAAUGGAACAACAGUCAAUCUUCCUGUGAACAUCGACGGUAUAGCGCUUGGACCUCAGUUUUUGACCGAGAAUGAAAAUGUCGAUCGAACUGUUUACUUCUGCCCGCUUGCAAGCUUCCACCUCUACGCGAUAAAUGCAUCCGUUUUACGAAACGAAUCACUAUCUACAAGAAGCGAUGGUGCUUUACGCCCAUACGUGGUCGACCUCGGAACUAAAGCAUCACAAACGGACGGCAUUAAGAUGGAUUCAACGGGCGUGCUCUUUUUCGGUCUGAUUGGUAGUUCGACUGUAGCAGAAUGGAACACAACUGUCGACUUUAGCAUUGGGCAACGUACAAUCGCUCGCGAUCCAAAUUACAUCCAAUGGAUAGAUCGCUUUACAUUUGACGAUCGCGGUAAUAUCUAUGUUAUAAUAAACAGGCUAUAUAAUUUUGUGAAAAAUCAAGUGUCAGCGGAAGAAGUGAAUUACAGAAUUCUACGAUCUUACACCGGCUUGAAGAGUUACAUACAUUCCGAAGAUCUAAAGCCACCAACCCCGCCGCAAAAUGCAGCGCCAACUAAAACUAUUGCAGCUUCGAUGCUGGUAUUCGCUUUAGCCCAUCUUCUCGCUUAGUCACCUAAAGCUCUCGGUCAUUACACACGUCGACCGUGGAAUUACUAUACGACGCUCGAAUGAUGCGUGUAAACAUUACCAAAUAUUUAAAGUUACCUUGACCUCGUGGUCUUUCAGUGAUAAUGCGCAAUGUAGAUAGCUUUUUAUAUUAUUAAAAUAUUUUAAUCUAAGUCUUCUAUGUGAAAAAAUGAAUCUUGUGGUUUUUGAGCGCUUCGAAAGAUCGUUGAAGACGAUCUGUGUCGCCGCAUCUAAAACAAAAGGUCGGGGACGUGUUGCAAAAUGCCGCGUUACACUCAAUUGUAAACAUUCCAUACGUGUAGGUACAUCAGAAAUAUAAUAUUAUAUAUUUUUUCUAAUAUUAUGUUAAAUUAAUGGCCAAUUAAUUACAAGUAAGACCUUUCCCUUGUUAAUCUACUGAGAUACAACGUCGGAAAGCUUAUUUAUUUUUACCAUAUCAUUAUAAUUCUAGUUAUGAAAGUAGAGAUAAGCGAUAACAUAAAAAUGUAUAAUAUACUACAUAUACUACUGGAUAAUGUAUGUUUCUUAUAUGUACGGUUGUGUGCGACUUGGAAUAAACGUGUAUAACACAUUAUAA